AUGCACUUUGAAGAGACCAUCGCGGAACUGAAGGAGGAGCUGCACGAGUCCGCCUUUUUGGGGGUGGAGGAGUGCAAGCAGGCCAAUGAGCUGAAGCGCCGAAAUGCAGAGCUGGAGCGUGAGCUCUUGGAACUGAAGACCUUGUCGCCAGCAAGUGCUGCAAGUUUCGACUGGAGAGCCGAAGACAGCCAUCGGAGCCUCAGGAAGCGGGCCAGCGCAACCAGCAGUGAAGGUGGCAUCCCCGGAGUUUUGAGGAAGAAAGCCAUGGCCGCACAGUUUGACGAAGACCUGGAUGAGUUUAUGCGAGAGAACGCGCAACUCAAAGAGCAGGCUUCUCGCGCAGAGCGAGCGAAGCGCGAGUUGGAAGAGAAGCUUCGAGAAGUGGAGAUGGCCAAGCCGGCCAGCAACACCAGCAGCCUUCCAGCAGGUGGGCUGAAAGUUGGACUCCAGGUUCAGCACAAAGCGCGGGAGAUCCACUUGGAAAAGGUGACCGAAGACUUGAAGCAGGAGGUCGAGGCCGAGAAGCUGCAAGUCGCGGCUCUGAAAGAAGACACCAGGAAGGUCUACAAGAAGGCUGCAGCCAAGGAAGAGAGACUCUACCAGGAGCUCCAGGAGGAGAAAGCCGCCCGCGCGGGCGAGCUUCAAGAAACUCAGAAGGCCCACGAGAAGGACCUCAAGCGCUUGCGGAAGGAUCUCGAGGCCGCACGUUUCCAGCUCCUGGCAACAAACUUCCGGAGUUCUCCUGGUCUUGCUCCCCCGUCGCCUGGGGGAGAGCGGCUCAACAGCAUCCUCAGUGCUCGCAGUGAUGAUGGUGAGCCGUCUCCUUUCGAUUUCGACACAGGUACAGGUACAGCUGAUGCCAGCUUGGCUGAUGAGCUGGCUGGUCAUUUUCAGUGGCCAACAGAUCAGGAUUCCCUCCAAUUCCGGCUCCCUGAAGAAAUCAACGAGCUUCGCAUCGAGUUACAACAGAUGCAGUCCGUGCAAGAAGGCAGCGCUGAAGCUGAAGAGGCUGUGAUGGAGGCGCGUGCGAAACUCAAUGAUGAAGCUCAGGAAUUGCGCGUGCUGCGCAAGGAGUGUGAGUCGUCGCAGCAUGUUUCUGCGGGUUCAAGAGGUGGGCAUGCGAUGCCGGUCCAGGCCAGCAGAGGUGAAGAAGCGACCGUGAUGCUGAGCGAAAGCACCAGGCUUGGGCCUGGGCCGAGGCCAGCUGAGCUGGAAGGAAAGCUGGAACGACAGCGCCAGGAAAUCGAUUCUUUGAAAGCAGCUCUGGGCGACAAGGCUGCCUUGCUGGACAAGGAAGUCGAGUUGCAAGACCUUCGUCGCCAAUUGGAGCAGCAUGGCGGAACUGCCAAAGUUCUGCAGUCCGCCAAGGAGCUCACCACCUUUCAGCAAGAGGUCGCUUCCAUGCGGAAAGCCGCUGCCGAUGCCGAACGCCGGCAGGCUGAGGUGGCCGAGCUGAGAGACGCCAAUGCAAGCGAGGUGAAAGAGCUGACCUACGAGCUGGCCGCGAAGAAGGCCGAGUAUGACGGGCGAUACCAGAUCUUGCUCCGUGAGAAGGAGCAGAUGGGACGGACGAAGCCGCAGGUGGCAGUUCCAAGCAGCGAGCAGAUGCUGCCACCGCAGGAGUUGCGUGGACCGGUGCAGAGAUUCGAGCAUCGACCUGGCCGAGAAGAAGCCGAAGUCUUGAAAACAUUGGCGGCCUUGCGGUUCGUCGAUGCUCACCUGUACCCUUGA